AUGGCGGAGGAUUUUCAGCUUCCCUCCGAGCUACUUGACGAUGGAUUCUUCAACGAGUUCUUCGUCGACCGCGAGGGGAAGCACGAGGAAGAGGAAGGAAGCAACAUGGGCGGCCGCACUUUCCUCAGCGGUGGAGACAAGACGAGGGAUCUGUUGAAUCGGGCUGCUGGAAAAGGGGCGGCGAGGUCCGACCUCGACGACGCGGAGCGUCGCAGGCGAAGCCAUCACGAGCGCUGGCUUCUGAACCUUCAGCUCCUUCACCUGAAGCAGCAACAGUUACUGCAGCAGCAACUACACGCAAGAAGAGGACUCAGCUACGGUGGCAGCGGCACCCCCGGCUCUUCUCCUUCGCUACGGACCCCACUUCUGCUCCGGCACCAUCCCCUUUCACAAUCCGGGACGCCAGCAGUCUUCCUUUGCCGCUCCAGCGCGCGAAAUGAGUCAGCCGGCACCGGCGUCUUCCUACCUCGCACGGCAGUGAGCAAGGCGGAGCCGGAAAAGAAGCCAACAGCUAGUUCAACUGUGUUUAUUCCGGCAAGAGUGGCCCAGGCUCUGAACCUGAACACAAGUCUCCCCAGUGGAUUUGUCACUCAAUAUGGUUAA